UCAUGGCCGGGGGGCAGGCGGGGGCUGACUGUGCAAAGACGCAGGUGGAUCACGACUUUGCAGAGCGCUACAAGACGGGCGGAGAGACGGAGUUCGGUGCUUUGUUUGCGGGAACUGUUUUGAACCGUGAAUUUCCGGUGGGUGGCUUGGUGACGUGACUGUGGAGCGGGAAGAGAUCGAAUUAAUAACCUCGCCACGCAAAGAGCAGCCCCAUACACCGCCGAUCCACCAGCGGCGCUGUUUUUCCGCUGGAGUCCUGAAGCGCGGCGGCGGCGGCGACUCCACUUUCUCCCUUCGAACCUCUUCUCUUCUCGCGCUGUUUUCCGCCGCUCUGCUGGGCGCGUGCCGGGGCUGCUCGGCAGGAAAAUGAGCUCGCGGCGGCCGGUCGAGCUGGGCUUCGUGGAGGCGGUGGCUGCUGCUUGGCGGCUGCGCAGCGACCAGUUCCCUUGCAAAGUCGGGGGGAGGCCCGCUUGGCUGGGCGAGGCCGGCUUGCCGGGCCCUUCGGAGCUGCGGUGCGGCGCUUGCGAGCAGCCGUGCGCCUUCCUGCUUCAGCUCUACGCGCCCAUCGAAGGCCGGCCGGAGGCUUUUCACAGAAGCCUCUUCCUCUUUGGUUGCCGCCGGCCCUCCUGCUAUCGCUCGGUCGGCUCCGCCCCGGGCUGCCUGAGAGUUUUUAGAAAUCAGUUACCAAGGAAGAAUGACACUUACUCUUAUGACCCCCCACCUGAAGAUCCACCUGUAGAAGAGGAGACAUGUGUGAAUUUGCAGCUUAAAUGUGGAGCUCAUCUGUGCAGAGUCUGUGGGUGUUUGGGUUCUAAAAGAUGCUCCAGAUGUCACAAAGCUCACUACUGUAGUAAAGACCACCAGGCUAUGGACUGGAGAGCAGGACACAAAGUAUCAUGCACAGAGUCUGAUGAAAUAUCUGAAUCCCUGGAUGAGAAAUUGUUGGAGAAAAUGGCAAAACAUGAAACCCAGGAAGACAAGAUUUUUCAAAAAUUCAAGGAGAGAAUUUCUUUGGAACCAGAACAGAUAAUCAGAUACUGCAGAGAUGGAGAGGGUCCCAUCUGGAUUUCAGGGGAAAAUGUUCCUCAAGAGACAGAGAUCCCAAACUGUCCAUGUGGUAGUAAAAGAGUAUUUGAAUUCCAGGUCAUGCCACAACUCCUGAAUCACCUAAAAGUCGACAGCCUUGAAGAAAGUAUUGACUGGGGAAUACUGGCUAUUUAUACUUGUGCUGAGAACUGUAGUUUGGGCAACCAUUACACUGAAGAGUUUAUUUGGAAGCAGGACAUCUCAAGCUCUGUUUAAUUUCUAUACAAUUAAACUUCAGAGGGACAAUACUAAAGAAUAAACACCAACCCUCACUUCAGGAAGAACACUAUAAUUAUGUUAAUCACCUACACACAUGUGAACCAAGACAUGAAACAUGAUGGAUAGAAGACAUGCUUGAGGAUAUUACAGUGGUCCUUUAUGCUUUAUUGUAAUCUGUUUCCAAAAUGUGGAAUAAAAUUAGCACAAUUAUUGAAAGUGA